AGUGUUAUUAUUCGCAACCAUGGCAUCAUCUAAGACAUUGUUUAUCCUUGGAGUUUUGUUGGCCCUCGUCGCGACAACCUUCGCGCAGAAUAGAGGCCGAGGUGGCUUUGGAGGUCCGGGAGGAUUCGGUGGACCAGGAGGCAACCGCCCGGGAGGCAAUCGCCCUGGAGGUGGAUUUGGCGGUGGUAACAACGGUUUUGGCCAGGGCGGCUUUGGCCAGGGUGGUUUCGGCGGUGGCAACAACGGCUUCGGUCCGGGCGGUUUUGGCGGUGGCAACAACGGUUUUGGCCAAGGAGGAUUCGGUGGAAACCGUCCUGGUGGAUUCGGCGGUCCGGGAGGUUUCGGCGGUCCGGGUGGUUUCGGCCGCCCAGGAUUCGGUCGCUAAGAAGAAACCUGAAUUGGAUGCUAAUUAAAAUGACCGAAGUACUGUGCAACUUGAACGCAACAGGCUACCAGAAUAUUUCCUUAAAACAAUGUGUUCAAAGUUCUUGUGAUUUCAUUCCUAUCCUCUGUGUUUGUGAUUCUCCAUAAGUGUGGUUAUUUUUUGUUAUAAGCAUUUAUGUUCUUAAUUUGAUUAUACAUAAAUGUUUCGGCUAAUUUAUUAAAACAAUACAAUAUCGUACCUGAUGAAAAUAAAAUGUUACCUGUAUGUUUAUGACGUUGUUUUAUAUUUGGUGCUGAAAUUCUGACCCUCUAUAUUGUAGACGAAAAUUCUUGUAAUUUGUACCCAAUCGCGUGUUUAUUACUUUACAUUCAAAUUUAAGGGUUAGCAGCUAAGUAAGUACUAAAAUCAAAUUUAAAAAAAAUGUUGAUACUACGAUUUACGACACCAAUAAUUUGAAUAUUUUCUUGUUGCCCAAAAUCAUCAUCCGCUAUAGAAUAAGUAUAAAAAGAUCAAACUAA